GCGCGCGCGCGUGUGUGUGUGUGUGAUGCUUCCCUAUUUUCUCUAACAUUUACUUUUAGCAACUUUGUGUCGUCAUCUUUAACCCUAAACAUCCUUUCCUAGAAAGAAGCAGCUCUGUAACCUCUGAAAGUGCUUAGUGAUGUCAACAAGGGUUAACCAUCAGCAGUAUCAUGUCUUUGUGCCAGAUUUCUAGUGCUUCUUCUCUAAUGCUGUUUGCGUUCUGACUCCACGGAUCAUACCAACUCCACUUGCCAUAAACAAGUUCUGAACAUUGGAAUAUGGGAUUGCAAGUCAGAGGCUGGGAAAGUCACCAAGUUAAUGCCCCCUUCUUUUAACCUUUCUCAUGCUGUCUUUUUCAUUCUGAACACCUAGGCAAGGUGUGUGCGUUCUUUCGGAAAGCCAUUUGUGUUACAGAAACCUCUGGGAGAGACAUGCUGCACUCGACACCGUUUGGCACGUGGACCGGUCAAGGGUCAAAGAAUAAAACGCACUAGAGUAAACGGUGCUCGUCAGCUAUUCCUGCCAAGCUCUGAAUCCUCUUUGUAUUAUUCUAGUGCUAGUGACUGCGACAAGCCUUGGCGAUCAAGGAAGAAAAAGAAACACCACCAUUUCAACGGGUCCCUUGGCCAGUUGGCCUCCAUUCCGCACGGUAGCCGUCGAUCUCCAUCCCUGAAGGCCUCAUCUGUCUGCAGGAACCAAGCGUGGGCAUGGCUUCCAUCUCCUCCACAACCCUCUUCCCUUUCAAGAUCAUACUGGGAUCAUCGUCGCCGGCGCGCCGGGAGAUCUUGGCUGACAUGGGAUACGAGUUCACCGUCAUGAGCGCUGACAUCGACGAGAAGGCCAUCAGGAAGGACAAGCCAGAGGAGCUGGUCAAGGCAUUGGCUGAAGCCAAGGCUGAGGCCAUCAAGCUGAAGCUCCAUGACGAUUGUGGUUCAGACCAGACUACCCUUCUGAUCACCUCGGACCAGGUCAUGGUGAGCAAAGGUGUGAUACGGGAAAGGCCACGGAGUGCAGAAGAAGUCAGGGAAUUUAUCAAGGGGUAUUCAGAUGAUCGAGCAUUUGCGGUAAACUUUGUUCUUGUGACCAACCUGAGCACUGGGGUUACAAAAGGAGGAUGGGACAUACCAGAGAUCAAAUUUCAGAACAUACCGGACGAGUUCAUCGACAGAGUGGUUAAUCAAGGCGAGAUGACAUGCGUAGCUGGCGGGCUUAAGCUGACACAUCCGUCAGUACUGCCAUUCAUCAAAGAACUGGUCGGUACGGCGGAUAGCGUUCGAGGUCUUCCAAGGGAGCUCACAGAGAAGCUUAUUCGAGAAUCACUGGAAGCAGAAGCGGAGUGAAUCCGUUUGCACUUUGGAGUAGAGGCGUUAGAUGUGAGCGAGCAUCAUGUCAAAAGAUUUUCUUUUCUUUUCUUUUUUUUUAAAAAGAAGCAGGAGCACUGUUGAUGCAUUUUACUCACUGGACGAAGUUUUCUUCUAUCUCUUUUUUUUUUCGCGAAAUACUGAGAAUUUUUUUUCAGAUGGGCAAUUCUGUGCUAAAAAAUAUAAUGACGAAAAACUUGAGCCAUAUGUCCAUAUGGUUUGUUCGCCGAGGCAAUAUUAUUCAUAUA